AUGAACAAGAUGAUGAAUGGUACCGAGUAUAAUAAAAACAAGUCCACACAUUAUACAGUAAUAUUUACGAAAUAUUAAAAUAUGGUGCCAACAAUUGAAACAGGCUAAGCUUAUUUUAUUGUCAUGCUAACCAAAUUCGUUGACUUAGUAAUAAUUGUUCUUCUCCAACAACACUUAAACUGUUUAUAUUCCACGUCUUCUCCUUAAUUUUUUUCAAGUCCCCAAUAUUUUCUUUCUCCCUUUAUAAUCUAAACUCAAAACAAGUCCAUAUAUUAAAUAAAGCUUGUUCUUGUUUUAUUUGUAAAUUAAAGAAAAUUAUAAAGAAGACUUUAUCAAUAUUAGGAAAGAACCUCGAAUAUUCAAAACGUAAAGUUUUCUCAUUUUUGCUGCUUCUUUUCUGCUUCCUUUUUUUUUUUUUUUUUUUUUUUGUUUGUUUAAGUAUUAGUAUCAGAUUUUGGGGGAGCAUUACUCUUGUAUUAUUAUAGGAAAAUAAUUACAAGAAGUCGAUAUUUUGGUUAAUUUAAGUUGCUAUUUUCGCCGUAUCUUUGAAGAAACAAAGAUGGGGAAUUGCUUAUGGGGAUCUAAAGAAGAAGUUAGCAAUCCCAUUAUUAAUAAUCCUCGAGGUAUGAUGCGUAACAACGUUAAUGGUGUUGGAGGUGGAGCAAGAGUACAUGGACCGGUGGUAGGACGAAUUAUAAAACCAAACUUGAAAAUAUACACAUUUACAGAAUUAAAAAGCGCAACAAGGAACUUUAGACCGGAUUCCAUGUUAGGUGAAGGAGGGUUUGGGAGGGUGUACAAAGGAUGGAUUGAUAAAACAACAUUGGCACCUUCUAAAGUUGGUGUUGGUAUUCCUGUUGCAGUCAAGAAAUGCAAUGCUGAUAGUGCACAAGGUCUAAAAGAAUGGAAGACAGAGGUCAAUUUCUUGGGGAAGUUUUCACACCCAAACCUUGUGAAAUUAAUUGGUUAUUGCUGGGAAGAUAAGGAGCUUCUUCUUGUAUAUGAGCACUUAAAUAAAGGAAGUCUUGAAAACCAUCUUUUUCAAAACAAAGUAGAGCCUCCAUCAUGGACAACAAGAAUAAACAUAGCAUUGGACGCAGCUCGAGGCCUUGAUUUCUUGCAUACAUCAGAGAAUACUGUUAUUUAUCGAGAUUUCAAAGCUGCUAACAUUUUGUUAGAUGAGAAUUUUGGAGCGAAGCUUUCAGACUUUGGUCUUGCAAGAAUAGGCCCACCGGUUGAUAAAUCUCAUGUCACCACCCAAGCUGUGGGCACGUUUGGUUAUGCUGCUCCAGAAUAUAUUAAUACUGGUCACUUAUACGUAAGGAGUGACGUGUACGGCUUUGGAGUUGUAUUAUUGGAGAUAUUAACGGGCUUUAGAGCCUACGACUUAAACAGGCCCACUGGACAGACAAGCUUAGUGGACUGGUACAAGCCCAUGCUAAGUGAAAAGUCCAAAGUGAAGAAGAUAAUUGACCCAAGAAUGGACGAUUACCCACCCGAAGGUGCAAACAAGUUGGCCCAACUCAUAUUAAGAUGUCUUCAAAACGAUCCAAAAAACAGGCCACCGAUGUCCGAGGUCGUUAUAAUAUUAGAAAGGAUAAGUACCAUUAGGAUGAACCCAAAAGGCUCCAAGCCCGGUUCUUCUAAGACCAAAAGGCCCCAUAGUUAUCACCCUUCUCCGGCCCAACGUCAAAAUGGUUUAGGUGGAGGCUCCAGCCCAAGACCCAGACCCGUUACCAAGUAGCUUGUCUUUGGCGAAUCGCGACACUUGUAGGAAUUAGGUUUGUAAAACAUGUAUGGUUGUGUGAUGGAAAUUUUUUUGAGAACGAUUUCCAUAAAUGAAAUUAAGAGUUUUACUCAAGUAGAAUUGAAAUGGGAAUACAUUUUAUUUUUCUA